CAUUAAAAAAAUGAGUCAGUGUCAUCAAAUAUUCAGCUGCAGUUUGACACUGAUACAUUGUCACCACUUUCAAAGGCCAGGCUGCGGCCGUGGAAUGGAAGCCCGGGGCUGCCUUGAUCCUUCUGUUAGUGAGGGAAUAUAUUUAUUUUCUCAUUUUUUGUCAUAUCUUGCAUCUUGAGCACUAGCGGUCGAAAUUCUCCCGCUCCCUGAGGGCUCUCUUCUUAUUCCGAUUCAGUUGUUCCUGAGGGGUGAAAAAUGCUGUUUUUUCUUUUGUUGAACAAACACUGCGUUGGGUAAAUAGGCUCGCAAUCCUGUGGAAAUCGAGGUUCCCCCCUCUUCGCUAUUUGCGUAAACCUACGCAUUCAUUUAACGAAACUCGUAAUGCGGUGGCAUUAAUUAUACCCUGUCCAUUUUUGUUUAAACGUACAUUUAUAAAGGCAAUGAAUAAUCAGAUUCAUGCCGUCGUCCCCGUCAAAAUAUUGACAAAUGCAGAAAGUGCGUCUUUUUUUUUCGGAACACGUUUUAUAUUUUUUUAAAGGGAAAUAACUGAAAUGCUAAAGGUGAUUUAUUGAAAGCUGUCAACGACUGCUUUCCCACUAUCACACCUUUAUGCAAAUCCGGAGGAUUACUCAUCAAAACCCUGCCCACUCUCUCUCUCUCUCGUUCACACGCGAGGAUGUGCGGUGCGGUUUCGUGCGGCAGAAGGCAUCGGGAACCGCGCUGUGUUUAGAGGCGGGUGGAAGCCCCGCUGCCGACGCUCUCUCUAGCUGACAACCUUAUUGACGGGCGCCGCUGGCCACCCCGCCACCCCUCGGACCCGGCCAGUUGGAGAGGUGUAUCUGUCAGAGUCUCCACAAGAAGGUUUACAAUCUACCCUUGGUUGUCGGCGUCCCUGUGAUGGACUCCGGCUCCAAACGUCACCGCCAACAUGCUGUCUAGAAGAUAAAUCGACCGUCGAUGCUUGGAUUGGCUGGCCUGCAUAGUUUCAGGCCUGCGAUUGGUGUAAGCACAUUCACCACACUAAAGACAAUGUGGACACCGGUGACAGUGAGAGCAAGAUUCAGUUCUGUAGCAUGAAAUGCUUAAACCAGUACAAGAUGGAUCGAUUUUACAAAGAGGCUCAGUCUAACCUGACGAUGGAUGUUACAGACUCUUCAUCUCAUACAAUACCGAACAAUAAACUGGAGAAUGGAGUGACUCAGCUCAUCACAGCAGAAGCUUGGAAUAUCAAUCCUACAGGUAUCAUGAAGAAGGCUCUUUCCCCUUUAGUUGCAGUACCAGCUUCUUCUCUUAUGACACCGCAAACAGACCCACCAAGUGGGAUGUCACUUAAACUGGCUGCCACUUUACUGCAACCAAUUUGUUUAGGAGAUAAUCCUAUGGUCCUACCAAUCCAUCUGCAGGUAGCUGGUAGUUCAACACCACAGAUACCACCUAGUAGCAACGCACCUUGGGUGAUGACUAAUCAAGGUGCAGUACCACUAUCUAUGUUACUGGAGCAGCAUUUGAUUCAGCAUUUAAAUUCUCCACUCCUGCUGGCAUCACCUGCCCCAAGUCCUGUGAACUCUGUCCAAAACCACAUUCUGCAAGGCACUGCUGGUUCUUGCAUUCAGUCUCAACCACUGGGCCAGAAAUCCUCAAAUCAAACGCAGGAGUAUGACCUACCACCGCCCCUUCCAAUCCCUGGAUUUCCUGCUGUUCUGCAUGACUUUUUCCCUCCACACAGUAUGCCAUCAUUGCCAAAUGUCCAAUUGGGCCCUGAGACCAUGUCAAAUGGUUUUUCCUCGCUUUCACACCAGAACCUCGGUCUGCUUGCUCCAUUAGUUCCUCCGGCUACCCUUCUUGUUCCAUAUCCAGUGAUAGUUCCUCUUCCAGUCCCAAUACCUAUCCCCAUCCCCAUUCCUAUUCCCAUGGCCAAGGAUUCAGAUCCCAAUAAAUUGACAGACACACAGAGAAAAGCUACCUUCAGUAGCAGCACUACAAACAGAGGAACUCAGACGACAGCUGAAAAAGAUGCAAAAGUCCUCGAGUGCAUCCAGCACCGGGGAGUCCAAGAUUAUCAACACACCAGCUGUAAGCUCAAUACUGAAGCAGAGGCUCUUGAUCUUUCAAUAAAAAGAACAUCUGUAGUAAAGAAAAAUGAGUUUUUUUAUCAACAGAUUGAACAGGAUGGUGUGCUGGAUUUAUCAGUUGCAACACCCAAGAAAUUCAAAGAAAGUCAGAACCUACCAGGUAAUACAUCAUCUAAUCUGCCAGCUAAUUUGUUCAGUGAGGCUCUGUCUCACUCUAGUGAAUCGUGGUCUAACACAAUGCCACUGAUAGGUACACAGAAAGUGGAAGGAGUGUUACAUACCACGUCUAAUAGUUGUGAGUUUUCAAGCCAGCAUAAGUGGGUAGUGGAUCAAAACUACAAUAGAAUUAGUGAUGACUUGCGAGCUGGCAAUAAUACCGACACCUUGAGCAGCACGGACACUACGAAAGUUAUCGUGUCUGUAAAGGAUGCUGGUCCAGCUAUACUGUGUGGUAAAAUAAAAACUGUUGUCGGAGUAUCUACAAAAAACUUUUCUUACAAGACAGAUUUAUCGCAAGAAUCUGUUUUACAAUGUUACGAUGUCAAAUCUCAACUUGAGCUCAGAGACAGCAAAAAAAACAGCAAAAAUAGAGGCAUAAAAUUAAAGAAAAUGAGCUCACAAGAUUUCCAUGUCCUCCCAAUAAAAAAACAGCGACUAGCUGCCUUUUUUGCAAGGAAGUAAUGUUUGAUAUUUUAGUACUUAAGGAAGUAAACUGAGUAGAAGGAAACCCAUAGAACAAACUGGAAUACGGAUUAGGCCGGAGCAUCUGUUUUGAAAUUAAUUCUUGUGGUAAUGAAGUUUUAUAGAGUACUUAUAUUAAAUAAGUUUUUGCUUGAAUGUUGCCAACACCUUGUAUUGGAACAAAGUUGGAAAUAUUUUGGUCCCACUCUUCCUCUCUACAUUUGAAUGAACACUGGAGUUUCAAAUCUAAUUACAAUUACAAGAUGUGUUGUUUCACAUCCUAAAUUAUUCCCUGAUGAACCCGACUCUGCAGGUGUUAUAUCUCUCUCUUGCAUUAGUUUAAGUACUUAUACAAAAGUCAGGUGACUUCAUCAUUAAUCUAAUUUAAUGUGUGAGCCAAUGCCAUGUGAUUCAUAACGACCACCAAUUGGCCCACAUAAAAAUUAAUGAACAGUUGUUUCCUUUUCUUCCCCAUGGUUACUUUUGUUUGACUGGUAUUUCUAGAACUUAAAACAAUAUUCAUGAGGCAACUACCUUGUCUGAACCCAUUCAGUGUAAUGCAAAUGUUGUACUUAAUUUUAUUAAAUUAUGUUAUAAGCAUCUAAUUUAAUAUAGUAUAAUUUACAGUAAUUCUAAAUGCUUUGCUUAUUGCCUGGUCAUUGACUAUUGGUAUAUUGAUAUAAACAGUUAAAAGGAUUUGGUAAGAGUUAUUUGCACAUUGAUUUUUGCUACAGCGUAACCACAGGAGUUUCCCGUUGUGCUUUAACAGCCCAAACACUCAAUAAAUUGGUAUGCUUUAUAUUGUUCUAAAAUUCUGCCUCUGCAGUAAUCCGAAAUAAACCUAGAAGAAAGCAAGUUUAUGACAAAUUUGAAACUGCCACUUAAGUGAAACUAGCCUGAAGGCAACAGAACUCUGCCAGUAUAAACAUGUGUUUGUUUUCAUGACUCUUUGCAUGCCUCACUAAAUGAAAUAAUGUCUGCCCAGUAAUGAAUUUCUUUCUCUGUUGGUUGCUAUUCCAACUUGCAGUGAUUUCCAUCAACUUCCAACAAUGCAUGGGGGAACUUCUAUCUGAUUUUCAGUCAUCAAUCACUGGGUUUAGCUUUCUAUGAAGGACUCUCCAGUCAUCCAAAAGUAUGCUCACAUUCUAUCCAAGCCAAUGAUAUUUUUCAUGUAACACACAUAAGUAAAACUUUCUGCAUCUCUUGUGGAAGUAUAUACUUUGAGUACCAUAUCUAGAUUAACUAAGGUUGGAUGAAAGCCACAUUCGCAUUAACACAAACCUAGCCAUAAGCAGAGUACUCAUGAAGGUACUUAAUUGUUCAAUACUAUUAUUAAAUAAUGAGCAUACUGUACAUAAAUACAAAGUGAUCAUCUGUUGUCAUCAUUGCAAUAUGGGUACACAGGCCAUUAAUCCUCACCAUAGAAACGUGUGUGUGAGCAAGGGAGAGAGAAUGUAUUUAUUUUGUACAAUUAUUUUCAAGACUAUGAUUUGACAGGGCUCAAACCACCUGUCAAAAUUCUAAUUUGGGUUGAUAAUACCAUCAGAACCAGGAGUAAGAUUGAACUUUUGAAAUUUCUGCUAUAUCUUUUGUAUUCUCUAAUCAGCCAUAAUAACACAGCUACGGAAAAAUGCAACUCAUUCUUUCUUGGACCAAGAUGGUUCAGUGUUAAAUUUUUGAAUUUGUUUUGUGUAACUAAUUUAGAAAUAAUAAGGAGUGUAUUGAGUUUGCUGUUCAGAAUAUUUUAAAACCUUAUGACGAUAGUAAUUUGUAAAUUGGCAAAUAAACAAAAUUAAGCGUACUUUUCAAGAACUCUGAACGUGAAUAGUUUGUAAUGCUAAAGAGGUUAUUAAACCAUAUUCAUCGCAAUUUAUCUUUGAAAAUUAUAUGAUCAGCAUAAUAUUGGAAAACUUAAUAAAACAUAAAAUUGAUUAGGUUAUAGGUUAAAACUCAUUGUUUAUAAUGUAGCCAGAAAAAUACCAAAAAAUAAUUUGUUUCAGAAAUUAAGAAUUUAAUGACACCUAGCUUAAUUUUGUACAGUUUGAGAUGGUGAUCAUUGAAUUUAUUAUUUUUAUUUCAAAUUGUGUUGUGGGUUUUGAAAUGUAUGUAGUUUUGGA